GCGGAACAUCGAGAAUGUAUGUUUCACUUGGUGAGCAACUUCAAGAAGAAGUUUCAUGGGAAGGUGUUUGAUGACCACCUUUGGGCUGCUGCAUACUCAUGGAACCCGUAUGUAUUCGACAAACAUUGGGUUGCAAUGGAGGAAGUAAAGCCAGCCGCAACUGCAUAUAUAAGGAAGUGGCACAAUAGGUUGUGGUCCAGGAGUCAAUUUUCUACCUUGUGCAAGGUGGACUAUGUAACCAACAACUUGGCGGAGUGCUUUAAUAAUUGGAUUAAGCACUACAAAUCAUUGAACUUAGAUGAUUUCAUGGACAAGGCAAGACAGCUUAUUAUGAUAAUGUGGAACCGAAGAAGAAAAGUAGCAAAGAAGUUAGAUGCUUUGGUUCUGCCUCACCUCAUGAAAAGGCUAAAUGCAAUGACUAGAGAAUUAAACUUGGAGGUGGUAGAAAGCUCAGAAAUAUUGGCUGAAGUGACUGCAUUGGGAGGUGGUGGUUUUAGGUUUGUUGUCAACUUGCAAGAGAGGACAUGUUCUUGCAGACAAUGGCAAGUUUCUGGUCUUCCUUGCAAACAUGCUCUUGCCUUCAUCACAUCACUAAGUGAUGCACACAUAAAGAACUAUGUCGACUCAUAUUACUCCGUUGACACAUUUAGAGCAGCUUAUGCCCAAUUAAUCCCUGCUAUGCCCGACAAGAGUCAGUGGCCUAAAUCUGACCAUGGAUUCUUCAUGCAUCCACCAUUACUAAAGGCUACAGCUGGUAGGCCUAAAACUGAGAGGUACAAAGGUUGCGGCGACAAGAAAAGUAAAAGAGGCAAACAUUUGUGCCCUAUUUGCAAGGAUUAUGGGCAUCAUUGGCACAAUUGUAAGAAGGGCAACCCGGAUGACAUUGCUGCAAUGAUGGCUGUUAGAGAACCACCAAAGAGGAAGAAAACGACCAUCAAAACAGCUGAAUCAUCCAUUGUGCCGUGCGACGAUGGAGCACCAACAAGGAUGUGUUUCCCACCAAGUAGCCUUAGCUUGGAAACUACAACAAAGAAAAAGGGAAAAGAAGCAAAAUCUAGUGCUUCUACAUCAAAAAGGAAAAGCUUGGAGGGCACAAGUAGCAACAAGGGGAAAAAGGGUAAAUAUGAAUCUGGAGGAUCAAAGAGAUCAGAAACAUGCUCAAAUCAACUUGUGCCGCUUUCCAUCGAGCAAAAUAAGAAAGAGCAUGUUACAAAAAUUCUGGUGCCAUUUGACAGCCCAGCAAUGGGUACAAGAAGCAAAAGAAUUAACAGUACAAGCCCUGCAAUGAGCACAAGAAGCAAAAGAAGGCUAAGCUUGUGAUUCUGAAAUGUGGAGCCGUUUGUAUGGAACUUGUAAUGUGUGCACUUGUUCUGUGCCAUCUUUUGUGAACUUGGCAUCAAUUAUGUGACCAUGUGACAUUUUUUGUGAACUUGACAUCAUGUAUGUGACCAUGUGACAUUUUUUGUGAACUUGACAUCAUGUAUGUGACCAUGCCGUGUGAUGCAUGUGUCCCCUGGUGGUGAUAUCUAAGGAUUUCUAUAGUUUUAGAACUGGUACAUGUUGUGUUUAACAUUAUAUAUAUAUAUGAACUGUUUAUGGCAUCUAGUUAUAGGGAAGUUCUGUCAAAAUUUCGAAUUUCUUAAAAUCUGAUCAAAUGUUGCAGCA